CGGGUCUUUUAAUUUCUGGCCUUGGCAGCUGGUUCACGUUGUGUCAGUCGCUCCGGCUAAAUUCGCGAAUAAAAUUCUUUAGUCGCGUACAGUACUCAUCGGAUCGUUGCAAUUGUAUCACGUUUGCAAGUUGUCCGCCUUGGAAGGAAAGUCCGAAGUUGAAGAAGCAUUUUCAACUUUUCCCCACUGUCACCGGAUAUAGCCGAAUUUUCUACGCGUGCAGCGAAGGAUCUCAGUUGCGAUUUCAACGAAACCCAGCUUGGAAAUAAUAUGAGGACCACAAACACCGUUUUGUACGCACUCCGUCUCAGCUACAACCAGGUAUCUGAUGUCACAGCGACAGCAGCAACGCCUAAUCGUGCAGUUGCCCGUUCUGCGGCAAUGAUGGCAGUUUUUGGGAUCGCUCUGUCAUCAUUCAGCUUGAAACAGAUGCUGAGCAGCACUCCGCAGGUUGCGACGAGGAAAAUGAAACAUUAAAGACUUCUAUUUUCCUAUUAUUCGAAUAAUUUUCGUCGUUUAGUUCUUUAAAUAUGUAGAAGAAACCAAUAGAAUGAUUAUAGAGCAAGAGAUGCGUAAAAUAAGUGACGCCAAUUUUUGAAUAGUUUAAUAUGUAUACUUUAGUAUUAUUAACAUUAUUUUGAAUUGGAAGUCAAUAAUUUAUGAAUUUACAAAAGAUAACGGAAACAAAGCCAAUGUACCGUGUGCUUCCACACUUUUACAAGAAAAUGUAUAUAUUUAUUAUUCGUGUAUUGCUACGUUUAGAGGAGAAAAUUUGACAAAAGCAACAAUUUAAUGUACUAAGGUAUAUGUACAAUGCGCAAAUCUGGUUGCCAUAUUUGUUAAGUCAGAGAUCAUGUAUUUUCCCUUUUCAAAUGGUAGGUUUUUAUUCAAUUUAAUUUCUAUUGUUUAUUUUGUAAACCACACUUCGGCGACUUGCCGCAAGAGACUAGAACUGGAGCCAUUUUUCGCCAACACACCCGAAAUGGCUCACUGAGUCCAUUGUUACAAGGCAAUUGCAGAUCUUUAAAAAUGCAUUAGGAGUGUAUAUUGGGUCUUUUUCCGUUUUAUUUCUUUUCCGCAAGGGAAGUGGAGACAGAUUAUGUAAUGAUAUUGUACUAUGAUUGUGAUAUGAGAGAAAGAGUAGAAAUGUAUGAACGAAAUAUAAAGAAUAACGAUACUGUGA